GUCCCUUAAUGGGUGGUCGAUACAGGUUUGGAUUCAUGUUUAGCCGAUAGAUCAAAAGGGAUUUCAGUGUUAGUAUAUUUGCGUAUUAUUCUCUCCUUGUAUUAGGUCCAAGUGUCUUCUUACACUGUCGUGCGCGUGUUUUUGACUCAUUACGGGCAGUUUUAGGGGUAUAAAUGCUGAGUUUGGAAUUUGGGUAAACUGAUCUGACCCGAAAACCGAAGCGCACAGUGGAGAUGGCGAGGCUCGCUUUAUUUGUCUGGUUUUCCUUAGCGCUAGAAGCACAAGUGACGAACAGUUUACUUAACAAUGAGAUAAAAGGCAUCAACAAGACAGAACAGAUGCCAAAGAACACAAAUGCGUCUAUUAUACAUGCACUUAAUGAUUUGAACGAAAUUAGCGAUUUCAAAACCACCGCUGCGCCUGUUUUAAGCAACAACAAAACUAUGACAGAGACCCAGACCCUGCAAGAACGGGACAAGAAACCAGAAGACAAAGCGCAUCAAAGCGAAAGAGCUGGAACAAGACUGCGAGAACUCGCCUGUCCACCUCUGGGUCUGGAAUCUCUGAGGGUGAGGGACUCACAGCUCUCUGCCUCCCCCUCCCAACGUACAGGCCUUGGGCCCCAACGUGGACGGCUCAACAUACAGUCUGGUCUGGAUGAUGGUGAUGAGUAUGACGGGGCCUGGUGUGCAUCAGUGAAGGACAGAAAUCAGUGGCUGCAGGUGGACGCCCUAAGACCCACAUUAUUCACUGGAGUCAUCCUACAAGGGAGAAACUCCAUCUGGAGUUGGGACUGGGUGGAGUCAUACAAGGUUCAGAUCAGUAAUGAUUCUGAGACCUGGACCACCUGCAUGAAUGGCACUGUGGAGGCAGUGUUUAAAGGGAACAAUGACCUAGAGACCCCAGUACUGGGCCGGUUGCCAGUGCCCAUGGUUGGACAGUUUCUGCGGAUCAACCCCCAGAGCUGGUUCAUUAAUGGCAGUGUGUGUCUACGAGCUGAGGUGCUGGGUUGCCCUCUACCAGAUCCGGACCAUUUAGAGCCCGUGACUACAGAUCACUUGGACUUUAGGCAUCACAACUAUAACGAGAUGAGGAAGCUGAUGAAGGAAGUUCAUGAUCAGUGCCCAGACAUCACCCGAAUCUACACCAUAGGAAAGAGCGAUGCAGGCUUAAAACUCUACGUCAUGGAGAUCUCUGAUAACCCUGGCAAACAUGAACUAGGUGAGCCAGAGUUUCGCUAUGUUGCGGGGAUGCAUGGUAACGAGGUGUUGGGGCGAGAGCUGGUGCUGAACCUCAUGCAGUACAUCUGCCGUGAGUACAAGAAAAACAACGAGAGGAUAGUGCGUCUGGUUAAACUCACACGCAUCCAUCUGCUACCAUCCAUGAACCCUGAUGGUUAUGAGCGGGCCUAUGAGAAGGGUUCUGAGCUGUCUGGUUGGGCUGAGGGUCGCUAUAGCGACGGUAUCGACAUGAACCACAACUUUCCUGAUCUGAACAACAUCAUGUGGGAUGAGAAGGAGAUGGCAGUUGACAAGAGUAAAGUCAGCAACCAUUACAUCCCCUUGCCAGAGUACUACACAUUCGAGAACGCCACGAUUGCCCCUGAAACGCGUGCAGUGAUCAGUUGGAUGCAGGUGAUCCCCUUCGUCCUGAGCGCCAACCUCCACGGCGGCGAGCUGGUGGUGACCUACCCCUACGACUGCACCCGCAACUGGGUGCCCCAGGCAGACACACCCCCCCCGGACGAAGGCUUCUUCCGCUGGCUGGCGAUGGUGUACGCCUCCUCCAACCGGGUCAUGGCAAACCCCGACCGACGCCUCUGUCACUACGAGGACUUCCAGACACAACACAACAACAUCAUCAACGGAGCCGACUGGCACACGUUACCAGGGAGCAUGAAUGAUUUCAGUUACCUGCACACUAACUGUUUUGAGGUGACGGUGGAGUUGUCAUGUGAUAAAUUUCCUCAUGCCAGUGAACUGCCAGUGGAAUGGGAGAACAAUAAAGAGUCCCUGCUACUGUACAUGGAGCAGGUGCACCGAGGAAUUAAAGGUUUAGUGAGAGACAAGGAGACGAAGGCUGGAAUCUCAGACGCCAUCAUCAAAGUGAAGGAUCUGGACCAUGACGUGCGAACCGCGGCCGAUGGUGACUUCUGGCGUCUGCUGAACCCGGGCGAGUAUGCAGUGACUGCUUGGGCCGAGGGCUAUUUCCCGUCCACCAGAAAGUGCCAGGUGGGGCCGGAGCCUCGGCCCAGCCUGUGCGGCUUCGUCCUCACCAAGACGCCGCAGCAGCGGGCACUGGACGCCCGUACCAAGGGCAAGAAGUCAGCCAAGGACCUGCAGGUGCGCCUGCGUGACGAACAGGUGCGAAAGCUACGCGUCUCCACCAAACGCCUCAACCAGCGUAGGAUGAGGCAGCAAAAAAAGUCACAGCCAACCAGAGCACAAAGGAAACGAUGAGAGCCAAUGGCAUUAACAUAUUAACAUAUGGCAAAAAAAUGACUGCAGUGUAAUGCAUUCUGUUUAUAACUAAAAUGGAAUGUGUAUAUAAAUAUAAACUCCUCUUUGAAUCUGAAAACACAGAGCUGGUCUCUUCUUAGAGUAGGGUGAUUUGUGCUUUGGAACAUGAAUGCAUCACCUCAACUGUGAAACUGUCAUUAAAAUAUUUCCAGUAAAACAA